AUGUCAAUAUUACUUUCGAGCAGAAUCCUUACAACUUUAAAAAUUAUACAAUUAAAUAAUGAUAAACCACCAAAAUUAUUUAGAAAAGUUUUGGAACUAUCUUUCUUUAGUAGGAACGCUAGAAAAAGAAAAAUAGCUGUACAAUUAAUCCAACCGCUUUCGUCACUUGGAAAUAAAGGUGACAUUGUAAAGGUUUCUCCAGGAUAUAUGAGGCACAGGUUAUAUCCUAAUCGAAUUGCCAAUUACUAUAUACCUAGAGGGCCCAAAGAAAAUAAUUCUGAAGAUGGCAAAAAACAAAUACAUCUUCUCGUCAAAGGUGGACAAAUUACCCUAGCAUUAUAUGGUCAACCUUAUAAAUCUGGCAAAAAAUUACGUGAAUCUGAUGAUCGAUACGUUAUGCAAUAUUUUCAUGAAUUACAAAAAACACUUUCAAAGUUGAAUCAUUCACAUCAUUUAAUUUUUCAACGUGAGUCAGCAAAUGAUCCUAAUGAUCCUUCGAUCCUAAAAAAUCCGGUAACUCGUGAAGAUAUUAUCGAUCAAAUUAAGGAAUCACUCAAUUUAUCCAUAAACAUUAGUGACAUUGAAUUCCAGCAAGAUAUUUCGAAUAUGAUUCAAAAUUCAGGAAAUUAUACCUGUUUUGUGAUGUUUCGUGAAAUUGAGCAUAAAGUUCCACUGAAAAUAGUGGUUCAAUCUUUUUCUGAAAACUAA